AUAACUGCGGGGGCUCUACUCCUGCUUACCGCGGUCUCGCUGGCCGACAUACUUCCGUCCCAGUGCAGAUAUCGCGAAAUUUGCGAGGAGAUUGUCAACGGCGUCAGCAACGAUCAGAUUGAGUUCAAGCAGCGAGACCCUCCGUGUCCGCUGCUCAACUGCCCUCUCGCAGAGCCGCCCCUAUCCCGCCUCGAUCUCUGCUACAGGCUAACGUCAAAGCACAAUGCCCACGCGGCCUCGUUCAUCGGUGGCACCGUCAUAUAUGCCUGGAACUGUUUGGCGGCUCUCACCUCACCUCAGCCGUACGGACCGGCAGACUGGAGCAAGUGGGCCGGGAAACACUGCGGGACGUGGAGGAGCGUCGACGGAUCGGGAACCGUCACGCAAACGUUUACGGAUAAUGCGCUGUGGCAGGCUCCGACGACGUAUUCGACACCGUGGGACACCUUUCACUUGCAGCGCGCGGUGUUCGAAAGGCCCGGAACUUGCUGUGACGACGGCUGGAACGAGUCUGGAGGGGGUCUCUCUGUGGCGUGGGGAUGGGACCCUAAAGACAGCGCCGACCACGGAGGCUACCAGGGUAGCUGUGCCGCAUACUCCUUCACAAAGGGCUCUGCCUCGUGCCUGAUAUGGAUCACGGGCCAAGAGGCUUUCCUGGAGUGUGUGGCCACCGGGUCGUGGGGUCGACGCAGGACAAGUGUUGGAUUCUGGGGAUUCGGUCUCUGGACUAUCUAUCCACUCUCACCUCUCAGUUUCUGCCCCAUCGAAGAAGAACAAGUUCUGAGUACCCCAGCUAGAUUGGGUGGCAAAUGAGCA